CGGGGGCAGCCGGGAGCCCGUUCCCUGGCAACGGGGUCGACGGGGCCAGGGAAGCGGACUCCGCCGCGGGCUAGAGCGGCCGAGUCGCAAGCGUCGGCGGCCGGGGCGUGGCGGACGUGACGCAGCGCUUCCGGCGGCCGUGGGCGGGACUUCGAGUCUCCUUCCUGGGAUUCGCCGGCCGUAUGGAAGCAAAGCCUCUCGGAGCUGCAGCACCCCGAAAGCCUGUCUUAUCAGUCAGUGCCAGAAAAAUUAAGGACAACGCCGCCGACUGGCACAAUCUAAUCCUGAAGUGGGAAGCCCUGAAUGACGCGGGUUUCGCCACUGCAAACAGCAUCGCCAACCUGAAAAUCAGCUUACUGGGUAGAGACAAGGCAGGACCGGAGAGCAGCAGCCUAGCUUCCGAGGAUGAGGAAGAAAAGACGCACCCGGACUAUGACAAGGAGCUCGAGACACUGUGUGAGGAGCUGCAGGCCACUUUGGAGGGUCUGACCAAAAUACAGGUGAAAAUGGAAAAGCUGUCUUCAACCACCAAGGGAGUUUGGGAGCUAGAAAAUUACCACUACGGAGAGGAGAGCAGCCGGCCCCCUCUGUUCCACACCUGGCCCACAGUCUACUUUUAUGAGGUUGCACACAAGCUCUCCGACAUGUACACCCGGGAGCUGCUCCUGAAGCGCACAGUGGGCGCCGAGCUGGCCCACGCCUCAGACCGAGACCUGAUCCUCAGCUACCUGUCCAUGUGGCUGCACCAGCCCUACUUGGAGCGGGACAGCGGGCUGCUCCUGGAGAGCAUGCUGCUGGAGACGGGCCACCGCACACUGUGAGCUCGGACCCUGCCUCUCGCUCUGCCUGAGCCGCCGCUGGCCGUGUGGGGUGCGGUCCCGGCAGCAGCCUCAGGCGCCCUGACCCCGCCGCAGCCUCUGCUGUGUCAUCACGCCUGCUGGAAGCUGCCGCCCAGGAACCCUCUCGGGCAGAACUGUGCCUCAGACGGGGAGAAUCUCACUGGUGGCGCUGAGUGUACACUCGUGGAAACCUAUCCCUUCACAGCUUCACUGUAUCCCUACCUAUAUUUAAAUCUCCAUGAGAAUAUAUCAGUUUUGUAACCACAA